AUGUACAUGUAUUAUCCCCUUUAUUAUGUCGAUCUAUGUGCCCUCGUUUCUCUGUACAUGUUUUUAAUCUCCUUUUCGUUCAUGCAACUGUAUGACCAUACAUCUCCCUCUUUCCAGUUCUUUUCCUCCGAGGUGAACAACGUGAUGGCUGCUCAAGGGCUGUUGAAGGAGCGCGACUUGGCGGGCACUGCAGCGUUCGAGGUUGCGCUGCAGCACAUUGUUGUGAGGCAGGAUCGUACUUACCACUUUGCGCAACUAUUAAUUGCGCUUUCUUUUCUAGUUCUCAUUGUCGAGGUCGUGCUAAUCGUUGUCACUUAUGCAGUGCUUCCGAUUUUGUCCAUCGAACCCGAGGGGUACGUAUGUCAUAUUUUGUCCUUUGCCUCGCCACCUUGUCUCAUUCUACCGGUUGUGUGUCUCGGGUUGCUCCGCACUGCGACCCAAAGGUUCGCUAUUGAAUCCGGCAGCCAAAUGGUACAUAGACUAAAUGCCACCGUUAUGGAACCUUGCUUGGGAAUGCACUUCAAAUAUUUAUCGGGGAAGAUUAGUUCUGACGGGUAUUGUUAUGCUGAUAGGGACCUGUUGUCUAAACCCGACUAUACGAGUCAGACCUGA